UUUCAUAAUUUCUUUAUCUAUUUUAUUAAUUUUAAUUGAAAACCGUUGGUUGUUUGAUAUAGAUAAAUAUAAAAAACAGACUCCUCCGACAGUUUCGGUGUGACUAAUUUUGCUGUGAUAAUCAAUUGGAGUAUAAAACAAAACAGUUCCUUUAUUUCCGAAUUUACGCUUUGCGAUUAGAUUAGUCUUUACUUGUAAUUUUUUUGAAAGAAAAUCUCAAUCUCUCCUUGGAGAGCUCGCUUCUGUGUUCAGAUUUCGAAGCUCCAAUGGUGUUUCGUCUCUGUCUUCGCAGCUGACUCUCUGUCAGUGGAAGGUCUGAUGAGACUUUGUCUGCAAUCAAACACUCUGAAUUGAAUCCUAGGUUUCAUUUCACUGUUGUGGUUAAACAUUUAGCAAUGAAUGACCAUGGUGGCGCCAAGUUGACAGGAAUACGACAGAUUGUUAAGCUGAAGGAAAUCCUCCAAAAGUGGCAAUCUGUUACUCUUAGCCCCAAGUCAAGCAACUCUCAUUCUAGUCCAAGUGGUGGGGAAAUUUCACCGGCAAUUAAUAAAAUGCUGACAAAUGUUAUGUAUUGUGAUUCAGAUGAGGAUAGCUGCCAUAGCCCUGAACCACCACCUGAUGUUCCUAAAGGCUAUUUGGCGGUUUACGUGGGGCUGGAGCUUCGGAGGUUUAUAAUUCCCACCAGCUAUCUUAGCCACUCUGUGUUUAAGCUUCUCUUGGAGAAGGCUGAAGAAGAGUUUGGGUUUGAUCAUUGUGGUGGCCUCACAAUUCCUUGUGAGAUCGAGACCUUCAAGUAUCUCCUGAAGUGCAUAGAGAAUCAUCAGAAGGAUCACCAUGAUGAUAGCUCAGCUGCAGAAUCACUAACCGUUGAAGAAUAAGCAAAUUAUGCUGGCCUUUGUAGUGGGCAAGAUUUAGGGCUGAUUUUUAUGGUGUAAAGCAUAGUCUCCAUGUAUUCAGAUAUUCCCCCUUUAAUUUUCAUUUCUUCUCUCUGUAAGUGAAGCAAUAGGAAACUUUUAGUUAGAAAAUAUGCAGUGUGCUAUUGGUAGAGGUAACCUCUGUAUUGGUGAAUGUGACCUGAAUCGAAUGUUUAAUUGAGUAAGAAGCACAUUUACUGUUCCAGAAAAGAGUGGAAUUAAACCUUAGUACAACCUUAGCAUAUGCGGUUGUUAUGGAAUGUACCGAGAUUUACCUUGUAUCUUAAGUUUGAAAUUAGUCUCCAUGUUUGGUUCUCAGGAUACUCUACUUUUGAGUGUCCACGUCAUGGUUGAACGCUAGAAUAAUAAAACAUAUAAAUUCAAAUGUAGAGGUAUCAAAUGUGGUUUUCCUUUUCCAUGCUAUCAAGA